AUGAUUUCAUUAUAUGAGGAAAUUCGCCUCAAAAGAGAUGCAGAGAAUAAGAAAAAGCUAGAGGCUCUCAAUCUUCCAAAGCUCUCUCAAUCCCUUCCUAAAACAUCUUCGUCUUCUUCCAAACCAUCACCAUCUGUGAAGGGUCGUCCGAGGUUUGUACAACCUGGAGAGCUUGAAGUAAACAAAAAGCGCCUACGUUCAACUACAACACGUAAAUCAUUAAUAAUCCCUCCGCCAAUCAAAACUACAAUAACUCUUCUGCCAAUCCAAACUAAAAUUACCCCUCUGCCAAUUGAAACUACAAUAACCCCAUUGCCAAUCCAAACUGCAAAAGAUAUUGUGGUAGCAGAUGAGGAUGAAGAUAUUAUGGUAGGAGAUGAGACUGAAGAUGAUGUGGUAGGAGAUGAGGCUGAAGAUGUUGUGGUAGGAGACGAGGCUGAAGAUGUUGUGGUAGAAGAUGUGACUGAUGAUGUUGCAAAAGUGGCUAAAUUUGUUUAUUGGGAUGUAAAUGUCAUUAGUGAGGAGGGUUAUGUUUCAAACACACGUUUAUGUGUGAAAGACUUGGUUACAAAAUCAAAGUCUGAUGGAACAUGGAUAAUACUUGAAUUUGAUAAGGAUCAUUGUGUAAUAGGACCAGCUUCUGGUUUGUUAGCAGGGUAUUUGGGUAUAAUUAUUAGAAUGUUUAAAGACUUUCCUAAAAUGUUCGAGAGUUGGAAGGAUAUUGCAACGGAUACAAAAAUAAAGUUUUAUGAUUCAAAGAUAAAGCUCCACUUUCUUGUUGAUGAUGGGCGUGACAAAGAAUUCAUACUUGCUUAUGCUACAAAGAAAUGGAAGGAUGACCGACAUCAAUUGUUUCGCCAAUUUUAUAGAUGGGAUCUCACUUUGGAGGAAAAUCUUCAAAAUUAUCCAAAAUGCAUAGGCAUUCUGGAAAAUGAUUGGGCUGUUUUUGUUCAAUAUAGGCGGAAAGAAAAAACACAGAAAAUAGCCCCAAAAAAUGCCCAAAAUAGAGCAAAAUUGAAGACUCCACAUACACUCGGAUUUAAGUCGAUUGCAAGGAAGAAACAUGAGUUGGAAUCGAGAGAUGGACGAACAUGCAGUAGAAGAGAAAUGUAUGCAAUUUCUCAUAAAAAGUCUGACGAGUCUUUUGUCAGUGAAGAUGCAUAUAAUAAUAAUGAAAAGUUAUAA